AGGUCAGACGUCAGUCAGUCUGUCAGUCAGUCAUUGGUCAUUGUCAACCAAACGUGUCUCGAGCUGAAACUAUUGUGUGUAUUUAGUGAUUAACAUCGAUAUUAGUUAAUCCACCGAACAGUAUAAAAUAUAAGCUAGAGCCUAGAGCAGGCUCAACCUAUAAAUUAAUUAAAGGUGUAAUCAUUUCGUCAAAACAGAAAAUGGAGUUAAACUUUUCGUUCCUCACCGGGUUAGGUUGCGGCAUCUGCAUCGGCAUUUCUUUAUUGGCUCUAAAAAGAUAUUUUGGAGCCGCUGCUGAAGCUACAAAGGCUGUGACGAAGUUUGCAUCAGACUCGGAAUACAAGUUGGUGUUAGUUGUAAGGACAGACCUUAACAUGAGCAAAGGCAAGAUUGCAGCUCAAUGUAGUCACGCAGCUGUCGGUGCCUUUGCAAAAGCGCAGAAAAAAGACCCAGAAGGAUUGAAACUAUGGCAAUACACUGGCCAAGCAAAAGUAGCUCUUAAGACUGACUCCUUAGAUGAGGUGAAACAGAUUUGUGACAAUGCCAAAAAGAUGGGACUGAUCACUUCUUUAAUUAGAGAUGCUGGCAGGACACAGAUUGCUCCGAACUCCAUCACAGUCCUCGGUGUUGGACCAGCCCCCAAAGAUAUUAUCGACAAAGUGACUGGACAUUUGAAAUUGUUGUAAUUUUAGGAUAUUGUUAUGAAAUUGUAGGGUUUUUAUACUUUUGCUAGAACAAUAGAAGAACUUAGUAUUUUAUCAAUCUGAUCAUAAUAAAUUGUACUAGUUAUUCUAUUAAUAUAUUUGUCUGAUAUUCAAUUGAAACAUGGAUCUUGCACUCUGUAUUCCGUAUAAAAUCAAGCAAAAGAAAAGGUUAGGGCGAUGUGCUAUUACAUUGUGUAGAGAUCAAAAGUACAUGUUUUCAAAUGUCAAUGUUCAUUAACUUCUUUAUAUGUGUACAAUAUACAUAUUAUCUUUUUAAAUGUGACAGCAAAGUGGAUAUUAUUUAAUCUUACAGUGAAUAAAAAUUAAGGAACUAAA